UGGACAACCCUGUAAUCUCUGUGCCUGCGGUCUUUGCUACAAAUGUGGAAGUUAUUCUGCAUUUCAUUAUUGUGAUUUGUGAAACGAUUUACGUUAUAUUAACAAGAGUUUCGUAUUGUAAAACAAAGGAGAGAAAAGUAUAAAAAUGAGCUCCAUUGGUACAGGUUACGAUCUGUCAGCAUCACAGUUUUCACCGGACGGUCGAGUAUUCCAGGUGGAAUACGCACAUAAAGCUGUGGAGAAUAGUGGGACUGUCAUUGGUCUCAGAGGGAAGGAUGGAGUCGUUUUUGCAGUGGAGAAAUUAGUAACUUCAAAACUGUAUGAACCAGGUGCUAAUAAAAGAAUAUUCAAUAUUGACAAAAAUGUCGGAAUGGCGGUGUCAGGACUUAUUUCAGAUGCAAGACAAAUAGUGGAGACUGCUAGAACAGAAGCCAUGAAUUACCGUGCACAGUAUGGAUCCAACAUUCCUCUGAGAUUCUUGAAUGACCGCGUGUCCAUGUAUAUGCAUGCUUAUACAUUGUACAGUGCUGUACGUCCAUUUGGUUGUAGUGUUAUAUUGGGUGCCUACGAGGCAGAUGGACCUGUUAUGUACAUGAUUGACCCUUCAGGAGUAUCUUAUGGAUAUUAUGGUUGUGCAGUUGGGAAAGCCAAACAGGCAGCAAAGACAGAGAUUGAAAAGCUGAAAUUGUCAGACAUGACAUGUAAAGAUCUAGUGAAAGAAGCAGCUAGAAUCAUCUAUCUGGUUCAUGAUGAACUGAAAGAUAAACAGUUUGAGUUGGAAUUGAGCUGGGUGGGAGCUGAUACAAAAGGAGUCUUUGAGCGUGUGCCACAGUCAGUGUUCCAGGAGGCAGAAAAAUCAGCCAAGGCAGCAAUGGAGGAUGAGUCUGAUUCUGACACUGAGGAUAUGUGAAGUGCAGAGGACAGUAAUAGAUAUAAAUGAUGAACAGGGAGUGAAUGGUAUAAUAAUAAGCUGAAAUCAGUCAAACCUUGGUGGAUAUAAAGUCAUGUUCGCUGAAUUCAUUAUACUUCAGAAAAUUCAUGUUUGACUCAGGAAGUGACAGGUUCAGGUAAUAUUCUUUUGUUUAAAAACUGAGGCAUCAGAAAUAAGCCUUGAAUGAAGUCUUUGCAUUUACUGAAUCAGAAUUUUGUAAGAGAAAAUUACUGUAAUGUUAAUUUGGGUAAACAAAAAUAAUCAAAAUAGCUCUUUCAUUGAAAAAGGACACUUGUUAUUCAUUAAAGGAUAAAUAUUUCUAGUUUUUUUAGCUGUGGCUGAAAACUGUAUUUUUUAAUAUAUAAAGACCCCUUAAAUAAUUGAGCAUAACACAGUUUGUUGGCUGGAACAUACUGCUUUGGCUAUGUAAUAUUUCUCUCAUGAUUUACUUAACUACUUGUGUCACUUCAAAAACAGUUGACUAUUGAUGACUGAAACAGAACAUGAAAACAAACACUUAUAUCUACCAUCAGGUUUUGUUGCAUCAGGUGUGUAUGAUAGUACUGUUUUAAAUAAAGGCUAAAUAAAAAUCACAUCUUUCU